GAGCCCAGCCCGACUCGCCCGGCAGGGGCCAGCCCAAGCGCGUGCCCUGAGCCAUCCGUGCACCCAAAGCCCCGGGCGCUGCACGGCAGCAUGGGAAAGGGGCUCGGGGCGAUUGCUGCUACUGACACCUUGUUACUUCCUGCUUCGCAACCCCAGGGCCCGACCCAUCUCGGCGGAGGGAUCCGUUCGCCUCGUCCAGCCUCCGCCCAUUUCUGCUUCUGCUUUUUUUUUUUUUUUUUUCUUUUGCAAGAAAAUUAUUUGACAGCGAUUUGCUGACACUGGGAUUUUGCAUCAGAGAUUACAAGAAAGGAACCUCCAGCAACCUCUCCCCCAGUCACUAGGAGGGCGCAAAGGGGGAUCAUGCAAAAGGUUGGAACACAAGUAAUCCAUGUUUGCUUGACAGUGUGGUGACACUGUAGACUAGCCACAAGAGGACCACAUGCCCCACCUCCCACGCUGGAGGUACCUGGCAUAGCGAAUCUGAUGUUUUUGUUUAAGGCUUGUGUUCUAGUUUUUUCGAAGAUGUGAAGCAACAUCAUACUGAAAUUGGAAUUGUAAGCCGACCGGAAGGAAUUUGUCCUUGUAAUGUAAAUGAACAAGCUGAAUAAUAACCAAUUCUAGCUUUUUUUUUUUUUUUGUACUUGGAAUAUCUCAGGGUCUAGAAGUUUGUUUUUGUGACUAUAAGGUCAGGAGAAAGGUGAUCGAAAAUGGAGGACCAGCAGUUGUACAAACCCAACCACACUGCCAAUAGCAAUGAGAACUUGUAUUACCAAUCACACCAAAUGAACUCCCUUCCGGCUUUAAAUCACAGCUAUGGAACAUCAGGCAUGGAUGCUUCUCAGGCUUCUCCCCUCUCUCCUCAGUUCCCCCAAGAUUCAAGAGACAGCAUAGCUUUGAAUGUAGGUUCAAAAAACAUUGGGUCAGCGGACUCCUCUAGACAAACGAGUUGGACACAUUCUGGCUCAGGAAACCAUGUCCCAGUAAGGAACAAUCUGAAUAAUCAGAAUUCAAUGUGGAGCCCAUUAGGGCAGAGCGAAUCUGUUGAUGGAUACCAAUAUUCCUAUUCUCAAGCCAAUGAACUUCGAUCACAAAAAAUUACGAGUGGAGUUUUACAUAAAUUGGACUCUUUUACACAAGUAUUUGCUAAUCAAAAUUUAAGAAUUCAAGUGAACAAUAUGGCUCAGGUCUUGCAUGCUCAGUCAUCAGUGAUGGACAAUGCUAGUGAUAGUGCACUGAGACAGCUGCUAUCUCAGAAGCCAGCAGUUGAGCAACAAUCUGUAACUUCCACUGUGCAAAGAUAUCAACAAGGGCCGCAGCAAGUACAUCAGAAUUUUGCAAGCACUCAACAAAAGCAGCAAAUGCAAGUCAUGCAGCACCCACAGCAGUUGUAUUAUGAUUACCAGCAACACUUAUCCCAGAUACAAAUGCAUUCUGCAAUGCAACAGGGACAACCACAUGUGCAACAAAUGCAAUCUCAGCAGCUGUUGCCGCAACAGAUACAGCAGUUACAGCAGUCUCAAUAUUAUAUGCAGCAACAGCCGCAACAGGGACAGCAGCGGCUCUCAAUACAAGAGAUCCAGCAGCAGCAACAAAGUCGGCAGCAACAACAGAGGCAAUGUCCAAUGCAAAUAGCUCAGUAUUAUCAAACACAACCAGUUAUGCAGCAACUGCAGUUGCAGCAGCAGCAACAGAUGCAACUGCAACUUCCUACAUAUCAUAGGGAUCCUGAUCCAAAAACUGUUCAUGAAACACACCAGUUCUCCCAGGAUCAGGCUCCUCCUGUACAGCUUAUACAGUUGGGAACAAUGCCUCAGUAUUUCUAUCAAGAUCCACAACAGCAGUAUAGGCAUUUAUAUCCACAAAGUAUACUGCAACAGCAGCUGCAACAGCAGCAGCAACAAGAAGACGUGGAUCAAAAGCAAUACCAGAAUGACAACAGGUCUCAAUCUUUGAUGAACUCCCACAUUGGCCUGAGUGUGGGAGAGGCAAUAGAAGAUACUACACAGCAGGAAAUUAAUUCUGUAGGAAACACUGGCACUCAUAGAACUCUUUUAACACCAUCGGGUAUCCAUAUAAAUAACAAAGGGUCCCAGCAAGAGUCUCCUGGUGCUUGUUGGUCUCAGCAGAUUCAACUAUCAGAUGGCAGACUGCAGCCACUGUCUCCUGAGCCAAGUGGCCCGAACAAAGGAAUGUUUCCUGAGAGAUCCCUUAUAAAGAGCAAGCUAACAUGUUCAAUAUGCUUGAAGGAAUUUAAGAGUUUACCAGCCCUAAAUGGUCACAUGCGAUCACAUGGAGGAGUAAGAGCAUCUCCUAAUUUUAAACAGGAUGAAGGAGAGAAACUACCACAACAACAGCCGCCUAAAGAGGUGGAUAGCCUCGCACCUAUCGUCAUGCCCGUUUCUGUCCCUGUAAAGCUUCUGUCGCCUGAGCCCAGUGUGCAGCCCGCUAUCAACAGUACCACAGUCAAAGACAAGCCUGCCAAUUCUGUAUCAGAUGACGAGAUGCCAGUUCUCAUGAAGAUGACUUGCUCUCCACCGUGCAGUCCAAAAGUGGCCACCCCCUGCUCAUCUUCUGAACUUGGCAGAAAACAUCAUCAAAGUGCUGCAAAAUUGGAAGAAGAUUUCAAACCCCUGCAGGACAAGAAAAAAUAUCGACAUAGACCUGAACCACUCUUCAUACCUCCUCCUUCCUUCAACUUCAGUGCAUCCUUGUCAGGAGCUACACUGUAUCAAAGCCAACUUCGCUCUCCCCGCAUCCUAGGGGACCAUCUCCUGGACAGGACACAUGAGUUUCCUCCUUAUACCCCACCACCUAUGCUUAGCCCAGUACGUCAUGGAUCUGGUCUCUUCAGUAGCGUUAUCACAUCUCAUAAUGCAUCUCACCCCCAGCUGCCACUUACUCCUUUGACACCCACUCCCCGGGUGCUCCUAUGUCGAUCUAAUAGUAUUGAUGGAAGCAGCAUUCCAGUGACUCCAGGGCCAGGAGAACAGACUGUUGAUAUAGAACCACAUAUCAAUAUUGGAUCAAGAUUCCAGGCUGAAAUUCCUGAACUACAAGACCGAUCGUCAGUGGGGAAAGAUAUGCACAACGCAACUUUGGUUUGGAAACCAUGGCCAGAACUGGAAAACAAAGUCUUCCAACAAAGAGUGGAAGACCUCUUAAAUAUGUGCUGUUCGAGUGUGUUACCUGGCGGAGGAACUAAUUCAGAAUAUGCAUUGCACUCCCUCUUUGAGUCCAAAGGGGAUAUUAUGGUUGCCCUGGAAAUGCUGCUAUUGAGGAAGCCAGUAAGAUUGAAAUGUCAUCCUUUGGCAAAUUACCAUUAUGCUGGAUCUGACACGUGGACACCUCUAGAAAGAAGAUUGUUUAACAAAGCAUUAUCCACUUACAGCAAAGAUUUUAUUUUUGUACAAAAAAUGGUGAAGUCUAAAACAGUUGCACAGUGUGUGGAAUACUACUACACUUGGAAAAAAAUCAUGCGUCUGGGACGGAAACAUAGAACACGUCUAGCAGAAAUAAGAGAUGAAUGCUUGACAAGUGGGGAAGAGGAAGAUUUAGAGGAUGAGGAGGAGAUGGAAGAAGACAGAAAAUCUAUAAAAGAAGAGGAAAGUGAAAUGCAGAAAUCUCCUGAACCACCACCUAUAGCUCUUAGUGCACCCAUAGACCUGCCACCUCUUCAAAGUCUCACAUUUUCUGCAGCCUCUUUUACCUGUGAAAUGCCAAACUGUGGUGCUGUGUUCAGCUCCAGACAAGCACUAAAUGGUCACGCUCGCAUUCAUGGUGGUACAAACCAGGUGACAAAACCACGAUGCAAUGUUCCAGGCCAAAAGCAAAAAUCUACCACGCAGAGUGGAUACUGCUCAGUCAAGAGUUCCCCUGCACACAGCACGACAAGUGGCGAGACAGACCCGACAACAAUUUUUCCUUGUAAAGAGUGUGGCAAGGUGUUUUUCAAAAUCAAAAGUCGCAAUGCUCAUAUGAAGACCCACAGACAACAGGAAGAACAGCAAAGGCAGAAGGCUCAGAAAGCUGCUGUUGCAGCAGAAAUGGCAGCCACUAUUGCAAGAACUACUGGUCCAGUUGGACAUGGUUUGAUUCCUCUGGAUCAUUUGAGUUUGAUUAAACACGUUGAGCAUGUAGAUAACCUUGAAGAUGAUGUUGUUCAGGAGUUAGGAGAUGUCAUGGAAGAUACUGAAGUCAUGGAUGCUGACCUUUUGUUGGAUGAUGAAGAUACAGAUUUACUUCAGGAUGAUGCUGAGUUGUGAAUGUAGAGUUGUCACAUUCAGACAGCUACUGAAUAUCUCCUGAAUGUAUCAGUCAGGAAACAUGGACUACCGGUUUAUUUCUCACUAAUUUUUAAACUACCUGUUUAAAAAUGGUAAUUCUUUUAUCCAGGUCUAGGGGAAAAGAUAUGCUUCCCACCCAUUUUUUAAUCAGUUUGUGUGUUGGGGAAAAAUAAAUAAUUGGCACAAAUAUUCUUAUAUAAGGUGUUUUAUCUGGGUUCUGCUUCAUUGAGAUAAUUUAAAACCGCAAAUAACAGAGAAAUUCAUGUUUCUAUUUCCAUUUCCUUCCAAACUUUUAACGGAAGGACCUUUAAUUCUUAACUCUUCAGAAUUUUCUUAUUCUCAGUUCAGUAUAACCUGGACUGUGUUUCAUUUUACAUAUUUCAUUCUGGCCCUAUUUACUAGGAAGGAUCUAUUGUUAUGCACUUCUGACUGGAUUAAUUGCUUUCAAUGGAUUUUGCAGUAUUUUCCUGAUAGUACCCUAUGUUUGUUGGCGAUGCUGACAUGAUGUAUUUUUCUGUUUUUCAUUCUUGUACCUGGAGCAAAAACAAAUCUGACUAAAUAUGAAAUAUUACAAGAGUGACUAUCCGUUCAACAGAAAACUUUUUAACCUGUACCUGUUAGCUUUCAAGAGAUAUUGUUUAUACUGUACAUUUUAGAGCUUCCAUUUUAAUAGGUUUCAAAAAGAGAGAUCCACUAGUUUCUGAAUGAUGCAGUCUAAGGUUUGAAGAUGGUACUACUAUGGUUCACUUCAAUUAAAGUGGAGCAAAAACUCACAUCUUCUCAUUGGAAAACUGGAUUAAAAGCCCUGCAUUUGUAAUUGGGCAGCACUGGUGAUACCUUCUGUUGUGUCAAUAAAUUGUGCUGUUGACUAGCCCUUUCAGAGGUUUUAGAGGUUUUGUACAAUUGAGCAGUGCAGGAGCAUAUUCCGGAGAACACCAAAUGUCUUUCUCCACAGACAGGAUGGGAGGAGUGAAGUUGUUGGAAGAUCUACUCUGCUUCAACAGCACACUUCCAGAAAUUUAAAUAUAUGCUUUUUUUUAUCCUUCCUCGGCCUGAAAUAUUCUUGUGCUGUUUUUGAGUAUUCACUUACCUUUACAUCACACUCAGAUUGUUGUGUGUUCAAUAUGACCUUUAUCCAGCAAAGGUGGGAAAAUGCUUACACUAACUCUCCCUGCCCCCCUUGUUUUCUGGCCAAGACUUACAUACAAUAUCGCUAACCUUAUCUGUACUGACCUUAAUAUGACACAUUCUCCACAGAUAUACAGUGCUGGAUUCAUAGCGUUGCAUCUAAACCACAUGAAGGAUUAGAUAGUGCUUGGGUGCACAACCUUUCCUUACAAAGUGGCAGUUUGAGAGCUCUUUCAAAAUAAAAUACUGUAAAUGUUUUGGGGGCUUCACAACCAUACUCUUGUGAAUCGUGUAUAUGAGAACAGGAGUGCAAAUUGUAUAAAACCAUUGUAUGAAAAUAAUUUCAGCUCUUCCUGAUACCUUCUGGGUUUUUUUGUUUUUUAACAAUAAGAAUGUUUCGUUCAUUUGCCACAAUGUCUUGACAAUUUGUGUAGUAAUAGCACAUACUCUUAAACAGAUCAAGCAAGAAGAUGGGCCUAGUUCUCCACUGUCUUCCUCUUGUGUACUUACACCUGUGCAAAAUGUGGGGUAGAAUGCUAUCAAAUAAUAUUGUUUCUUAAUUGACCAUGUAAGGUGCAAAACCAAUGGGAAUCAGGAUCCAUGUCUACACAGGAUUAUUACUUGAGUAAAGACCAUUUUUCGGUCAAAGCCAAGCCUACAAGGCCAAAUCCUCAAGUUCUUAGUCAAAUGCUCUGCUAAUCAAGAAUGAUCCUUGUAGGUAAGUGGAAACCACUUAUCAUUUUCAAGUUGCAGUUUCCCAUGAAUUCUUUUUCUGGUGGGUGGAGUUUCUUUCUCCCUUUCUGUGGAAGAACAGUCAGUUCCCUAUGCCUGUGACUCUCAGGAGAUCUGACAGAAAGCCUAUGUGCCUGUACUUCCACUUGGCACUAGGCCAUGUCCUGGAGCAUGAAUUCUGUACUCUGGGCAGUCCACAGAGGCUUAGACUCUUGUGAGUGGAAUCUAUAGACAUUCUAAGUAUUUGCAGGAUCAGGACUUUUGUAUGCAGUAACUUGCACUGGAGUCCGUGGGCCUACAGUGGGAAGACUUGAUUAGAGCCCACUCCAUCCCCUCCAAAUCAAUGGAGCUUUGAAUCCUGAGGGCUCCUCUGUAAAGGAAUUUCUUCAGUUGAGUUGGGGAGAAUAGAGUGGACACAUGCUGUAGAAGUGGCAUUUGUCAUAUGUUGGUAAGUCUGCAUACAGAGUGUCUUGAAGGGGCAGGACUGCAUAACUCAGGCAAAAAUGUCAUUGUACUUACGGACAGAUUUGCCUGAAGAAGAGCUGAAUAAAAAUGCUAAAAUUUUUGGAUCUGACCUCCAUAGAAGCUGUUUCAAAAAGAAUUCAGAUUUAUUUUAACUAAAUAUUAGCCAGAUGUCUGUAUUAAAUCUACAUAACUAUGCCAUAGAUCUCCAAGAUGAGACAGGCACACUUUUAUUUUAUACCUAGGAAAAUAACAAAAAUAGUUGUGACUUGAAAUAACCAAAGAGAUUGCCUACAUAGAACAAAUACAGAUCCCUGAAAUAGUAUUAUAUGAUCAUUUUUAGCCUCAAACACUGACUCCAUAUUAAAAUGUUGCACAAUAUGAUGUUAUAUAGAUGUUGUUCUGCCUACAUGUAUCUAAAUGUGUUUUUAGUCUUAUUUCAGAGAGGUUGUUUUCUUGCUAAUAGUUGCUGAUGCAAACUGUUGUGUAUUAUGGGAGGGUUUCACUAUUGAAUUUAGACCUUUGGUAAAUUCUGUACAUACAAAGAAAAUCAAUAUAUUUUAUGAAAAAAAUCAUCUUAUUUUCAAAUAUAUUUAACUGAUUUAUUUUAUUAGACGGUUGUAAAUAUUGUAGAAGCUCUAGUGUAAAAAUAUAUAUUUACUUUUGGGUGGGAAAGUAAUGGAAAUAAAACUACAUAUUUAAUGUAGUUUGUGAUCUCUUCCAGAUAUAGUUUAUAUUAUUAGCAUCUGACUUGCAUGCAGUUGAACUUCAGGAUGUAACUUAUUUAGAUUUGUACUAGGUUGGUUUAAUUUCAUAAUCUAGAUUUGUUUUUUUGAUGGGUUUUUAUUUGGAUUCCAUAUACUUGGUACAUAUCAAAAAGCACUAUGUAUAGAAUAUUCAGUACUAUCUGUAACAAAUAAUUGUAUUUGUAAAUCAAAGGGUUUUAUGUAACAGUUUGGCAAAAAGAGGACAGUAUUUUCUAGUGAAUUUUAUACUUUUGAUAAAAUGUAGUUUGUUGGGUUUUGCUACCGUGAUGAAAAUUUCUUUUAAAUAAAUUUGUUUUAAAAUAGGAGGGUGACAACAACAUUAUAU